AAAAAAGCAAUGGUCGAUCUUAUGAAAAGAGCCCUUGAGCUAGCGAAGGAAGCACUGGUCGCACAGGAGGUACCCGUUGGUUGCGUGUUCACAGAUGGCGAAAGAAUAGUCGCUGAAUCAAGAAACUGCGUGAACUUGACUCGGAACCCUACAAGACACGCUGAAAUUAACUGUAUAGACACUGUAAUUUACUACUGCAAAACAAAUAACGUAGAUUACAAGGAAUUAUUUCGUAAAAUAACUGUGUAUGUAACAGUUGAGCCAUGUAUAAUGUGUGCAGCGGCUCUGAAUGACCUACAUGUUAAGGAAGUAGUGUAUGGUUGUGCUAAUGAUAGGUUUGGGGGAAAGACUGUAGUAGAUGUUAGUAAUUACUAUGAACACAACUACACGCUGACUGGGAACCUGAUGGCAGAUGAGGCCAUGGCCUUGCUGAAACAGUUCUACAAGGGUGUCAAUCCAAACGCACCAGAACCAAAAGUUAGAAAGAAAAAGGAUAAUGAAUGAUGUCGUAAUUAAUGUUUUGAUUUAAGAAUUUACACCCA